UCAUUGCUAAAACUCUGACGUCACGGAUCGCACCUUUCCACGUGUGGCAUGAGGUCGCGCGGAAAGGUUUCUUCCUUCUCUAGUGCAUCAGUGCAGUAUCGUGUUGUUCUCGAGCGUGCUCGAGCGCUCUGUUUUCUGCCGCUGCAAACACGUUAACAGGUGGGACGAAAAGAUUUGAACCGGGAAAGUUGAAACAAAGACAUCGUCAACCAAGGACGUUUGGAGAACACCUGCAAAAAUGUCUCGAACCCCGGAGGACGUGAACAAACUCACCGAGAGCACAUAUAAGAAUGUGUUGGAGCAGUUUAACCCAAGUCUGCGGAAUCUGGUUAACCUGGGCAAGAGCUAUGAGAAAGCAGUGACAGCAAUGACCUUUGCUGGAAAGGCAUAUUUCGAUGCACUCUCAAAGAUUGGGGAAAAUGCUGCCAUAUCACCUGUUUCUAGGGAGAUGGGAGUGGUGUUAAUUGAGAUUUCCGAAGUGCAUAAGAAGGUCCAACUGGAGCUGGAGGAGUCUUUCAAGAGGUUCCACAAAGAGCUCAUCACCGAACUGGAAAGGAAAACUGAUAUGGAUAUCAAGUACAUGAAUGCCACUUUCAAAAGAUACCAGUCAGAACACAAAUUGAAGCAAGACUUCUUGGACAAAUCACAGGCUGACCUGAAGAAGCUGCGCAGGAAAAGUCAAGGGAAGCAUUCGUCUAAGUAUGGGAUCAAAGAAAAUGAGUGUAUGGAGACCAUCUUAUCCCGGCAGACAGAGAUGCAGAGGUUUAUUGCAGAAGGAUGUAAGGAAGCUCUGCUGGAAGAGAAAAGGAGGUUUUGCUUCCUGGUGGACAAACACUGUGCCUUCACCGAUCAGCUAACAGCCUUCCAUGACAAGGCCAAGGAAAUGCUGACCGUCAAACUGCCUAGCUGGCAAGAUAAGUGUACCGAUGCCACCAGGGUGCCCGACACAGUGAUCUUCAUGAUUGAGGGUCUGCGGGCUCCAAUGUCAGUCGUACCAGAGUCCUCGCCUACGUUGGAGCACAGUGACAGGACCAAUUCCCGUUUUAUUGUUCCAUCACCGGCCCCUUCACUCAAAGCCCACACAAGGUCUGCAUCUGUGUCCAGUGGCAUGGAUGCGGUGAAGAAGACCAGGGUGCAAACAAUCUUCCCCCAUACAGCAGGGAAUAAUGAGACCCUGCUGAGCUUUGAAGAUGGAGACAUCAUUACACUGCUUAUCCAAGUGGAGCGGGAUGGAUGGCUGUACGGAGAACUAGAACAUACUGGACAACGGGGCUGGUUUCCCUCAUCUUAUUGCCGGGCUUACAAUGACUCGGUGAUCGCAAACAGCAGAAUUGAGAGCCCAUUGCACAGCCAGAGUGUGACUGAUCCAGAGCAGCCAGAAGAAGACGAGGAGAAGGAACCCAUGCCGCUGCCCCCGCCUUACUACAGUGACUCAUCCAGGGACAGACCCAUCAAGCCCUCCACCCCCUCUCCACAGAACACGACAAAAUCUUUGCCAAAUGGUAACUCAGUGCCUCCAUUCCUUGGGAAUGGGAAUCCAUUUGCCACGGUCAAAUUACGGCCCACUGUCACAAAUGACAGAUCUACACCCCACAUAUGAUGAGACUGCAUGCAGCCCCUGCCCUGAUGUGAAGUGGUGUCUCAGAGGUUUUGCCUGUGUUGAUUGAUGCAUUGCAGAUAUGGCAGAGGAACCGAAUGAAAGGGUUUUCUGUUACAUCAUCAAUUUUAAUCCUAAAAGUUUCUGAUAAUGAAAACCAGCUGAUUAAAAUUUACAGGAGGCAAUAUUUAUAAGAAUUUUAGACUUUGAUUAAAUUAUUAUUUUAAAUUGUAACUGGAUUCAUACACUUGAGUUUCCAAGAGAAUGUACAGCACCAAACAGGCUCUUGAUAGCUAUUUUCUGACCAUAUUGGUCCUCUUAUGUUUGAGGCCUUGUAAAGGUAAACCACAAAUGUAUAUUUUAAAAUCAAAAAUAUUUUAAGAUUGGAGUACUGCAGCCCCUGCUUAGAAACAUGUCAUAUAACCAGAUCAUAUUUCAUUUCAAAAUCCAGUGAAGUAAUGGGAGGUUUGCCAGUUGCCAAAGUGUUCUGGGUUAGUAUGGAUUAAAUUUAGGCUUUUUUUAUAUAUAUACAGUAUCAUAGUUUCAUUGUUUUAAAACACUGAUGUAUUCCUUAUCCUUAACACUUUUUUUCAUGUUUAAAGGAGGACCAUGUAAAGACACUUAGUUUAAUUGUUUAUUCCUCGUGUUAAAGAUGAGUGCGGUGUUGUAGUGAUUAAGUUAUUUUUAACGGCACAGUUGAAUGUUGGCUUAUUUGGCUUUAGCUGGACAUCAGAUCAAACUCAUGAGCAUUCUUCACUAUGGAAGAGAAAUCUUUGGGUCAUAACUAAAUACAUGAAGUCUUGUUAGCUUGUGUACAUGUUAUCAUGUAGGGGAAACCAUGUAUUCUUUCAUACCUUUUUCAUUUUGUUUGAUUCAUUGCCCCUUUUCUUUUCAUACCACAUUACUCCAAAAUAAAGAUUUAUGUCUGUUUAAAA